GAAGGAAUGGAUUUGUCAUGUCCAACAAAAUAGUUGAGGGCAACGAUUUUCUGUGAAAUUGUCGCUCCACUGGCUCUUGUUGUUCCUGUUGUUGUAAAAGUUUGGAUUUCUCGUGGAAAACGCUGUAAAGGGAUUUGUUUUAUAUUAUUUUUUUGGUUGUCUUUUCAGCCAGUGCAGUGCAGUGCAGCAUGCGUGCGUGGCAUGCUGUAUGCUGGACAGCAGCUCACACAAGGGGACAUUAUCGAGUCAUUUGUUGUGGGAAAAACAAUCAGAGAGAGAGAGAGAGAGAGAGAGAGAGAGAAAAACACUCGAAGAAAUCGUCACCUUGGCUCUGGUACUUGAGAGAUAUGCGAAUGCACACUGCAAAUGUGUAUACAAAUAAGGGCUUUAGCAUAGUACAGUGAACUGCACUUUUCAUACAGCACUUAAGCUGAGUAUAAAAACAGUUGUGCCACAGCUUAAGCAUCGACAGUUGCCAUCAGAUUGUGACAUUAUCCAUAAUGCGGCUUCCAGGUCUUCUAUUGUCGUUGGCUGUGUGCUGUUGCUUGGCCUCGCAUGUGCUUGGCCAAUGCAUUGAUACCUAUGAGCCUGGCUGUAAGUUGACAGCUGAGGUGGGUUACCCACAACGUCAUUGCAUCGACCCCACCAAGUAUUGGCUGUGCCCCACUCUGAAUGGAAAAGCGCAACUCUUCAAGUGCCAGACGAAUACGGCCUUCAGCCAGGAGAGAAAUGCUUGCAUAUCCUGGGUCGAUUGGGUAUGGAAACCCUGCGUGGAACCACCAAGUCGUCCAACUGGCUGGCAGCCAUGCAAUCAAAACUAAUAAUAUGUUUUUAAAGAUUUUGAAUAAACAAGGCAAUUUUAAAGACAAUUUGAC